AUGCUAAAAGACGAAAUUCUUUGCCUGCCCACUCCUUUCCAAUCCUUUAAAUAUCUUUACAGCACCGACAUGAAUCUGCUUGGCUUUUAUUCUUGGCUAUUUUUCUCUUUUGUUUUUACUCCUGCACUCUUCUUUCUUUUUAUUGUUCUUUGGUACUUGAAACAUCACAUCAUAGAACCAGUAAAUAUAGGCAGAUUCUUUAAUAUAUGCAUUGCAAUAUACUUUAACGAAGUUCUGAACUGCUUUGUUGUAGAGUUUCUGGUCUGCCACCGUCUCUAUAUUAAUGAUAUCGUUUUAUAUACUUUUUUGAGAUUUGCCAGUGCAUUUCCACAGAACGCCUCUUCAAACAUGUUCUUUAUUAACCUGGUUCUGGUGCUGUACGCACAAAUAAUCAUCUUGUUCUUUAAUAUUAUAUUAGCUAUUACUAUUCAUACAAUUUUCAGGUUCUCACAUCACAGAAAUUUAAAGAGAUUUGUAUUGAAAAAUUGGACGUUUAUUUGUGGGGUCUUUGGGAUUCAACUGUUUUAUUUGAUCAACUGGGUAUUUGUCCAUAGAAGAGUCGCAGAGCUUGAUGUCGGGACAUCAUAUCCUGUCUCACAUUACAUAUCGAUGGACUUUGUGUUGGCUCUUUCAUUGUUAAAUUUCAAUGUUCUUGAUACCUUGUUUCGAUUGAUGAUAUAG